ACGCGCUCUUUCCCGCUCCUCCACACCUGCCUCGGCCCGCUCACCGGCUGUCAAAAAUGGUAAAAGAAACCACUUACUAUGAUGUUUUGGGGGUCAAACCCAAUGCCACCCAGGAAGAACUGAAAAAGGCUUACAGGAAGCUGGCCUUGAAGUACCACCAGGAUAAGAAUCCAAAUGAAGGAGAGAAGUUUAAACAGAUUUCUCAAGCUUACGAAGUGCUCUCUGAUGCAAAGAAAAGGGAAUUAUAUGAUAAAGGAGGAGAACAGGCAAUUAAAGAAGGUGGAGCAGGUGGUGGUUUUGGCUCCCCCAUGGACAUCUUUGAUAUGUUUUUUGGAGGAGGAGGAAGGAUGCAGAGGGAAAGGAGAGGUAAAAAUGUUGUGCAUCAGCUCUCAGUGACCUUAGAAGAUUUAUAUAAUGGUGCAACCAGAAAACUAGCUCUGCAAAAGAAUGUGAUUUGUGACAAAUGUGAAGGCCAAGGUGGUAAGAAAGGAGCAGUAGAGUGCUGUCCUAAUUGCCGAGGUACUGGGAUGCAAAUAAGAAUUCAUCAGAUAGGACCUGGAAUGGUUCAGCAAAUUCAAUCUGUGUGCACGGAGUGCCAGGGCCACGGCGAACGGAUCAGUCCUAAAGAUAGAUGUAAAAGCUGCAAUGGAAGGAAGAUAGUUCGAGAGAAGAAGAUUCUAGAAGUUCAUAUUGACAAAGGCAUGAAAGAUGGCCAGAAGAUAACAUUCCAUGGUGGACAUCAGCUGGUUGAAGCAUUGUAUGGCUUCCAAAAGCCAAUAGCUACUCUUGACAACCAAACCAUAGUCAUCACCUCUCAUCCAGGCCAGAUUGUCAAGCAUGGAGAUAUCAAGUGUGUGCUAAAUGAAGGCAUGCCAAUUUACCGUAGACUGUAUGAAAAGGGUUGCCUAAUCAUCGAAUUUAAGGUAAACUUUCCUGAGAAUGGCUUUCUCUCUCCUGAUAAACUCUUUUUGCUGGAAAAACUCCUACCUGAAAGGAAGGAAGUAGAAGAGACUGAUGAAAUGGACCAGGUAAAACUGGUGGACUUUGAUCCAAAUCAAGAAAGACGGCGCCAUUACAAUGGAGAAGCUUAUGAGGAUGAUGAACAUCAUCCUAGGGGUGGUGUUCAGUGUCAGACCUCUUAAUGUGGCCAGUGAAUGAUACUCACUACUGGCAUUUUAUAUACAGUAGUGAAUGAGUGAAGGACUGUAAUCAUAAUAUGCUCACUACUUGCUAUUGUUUUUGUUUUAAUAUUCAACUAUAGUAGUGUUCUAAAAGUUAAAUGAAGAAUAAACUCAAAAUAUAAAAGCUCUGACUUUGCCCUGUAUGUAUGAUGACUUAAGUGUGCAAGAUUAGUUUAAUACCUGUAAAAACUAUUUAAGAAAAAUUUUCCCCCUAGCAUUUGUUAGGCCAUACUUUGUAAUUAAUUUCAGCUAUGCACAUGGAAUAGCUUAGACUGAACUGCUAGGUUAUAUGUAUUGACUUUGGUGUAUGACCCUUAAUUGUGAAGCUCUGAAGUUAAAAUUCUGUAUUUAAAACUGGCAGUCAUACAAAAAACUUAAUUUAUAGAGAAGUGUUAGUUUGUAUAGUUGUAUUAAGUGGGAUUCCUUGUAAUGCCUCUGCAUUUAUUGCCUCAACUGUUACUUGAAGGUGGCAUGCCAUAUAAUUUAACCUGUGGUAUCAGUGAUUGAAACGAUACUUUUCUGAAGAAGGGGUUUAUCAUCAUGAGCUGCUUCUUGAGGGCUUGCACUUGUAGAACUGCAUUCCCUUCUGCAGUGCCAUCUUUUUCAAAAUAUAUAUAUAACUCUAUCAGUCCUUGGUUACGUUGUUUUCCUUCUCUUUGGACCAUAAGCCUUAGAGUAGUGACUUCUGGAGCAGGCUAAUUUAGAAGUGGAGUGAUGAGAUCUUUACAUGGAAAAGUAAUUUGCAUGUAUGAGAUAGUAAGGUGGUUUUUUUUUUGUUUUGGUUUUUUUUUUUAGGUAUGUUACAGGCUUACUUUAAGCCAUUUAACUUAUGCUCCAAAGUAACUGUAAUUUAAUGUUGGUAGUAUAGCAAAUUAUGAAUAGCUUUAAUUGUGUGUUUAAAGGUCAUGUU